AGUAUUUUAGUUCUGGUCAUUUAUUUUAACGAUAUUGAGUUUGAAUUUUUAGUUUUGUUUUGUAAGACAAAUAAUCGCGAAUAAUUUUUAAAUGACUUGGAAAUCAUAAAAUUGCGAAAUAAAAAUCCAUUCGAAAAAAUAUAAUUAGCGAAUUUUAGAAACACAUUAAGAAAUGUAAACAUUUGUGCCUGCCCUGGGGUGACUUAAUUCUAUAUCAUUGUGUGCGAAUGUUCCAGAUCAAGAUGGAUAGUGACUUAUGAAUUUCUGUGGCAACGUUUAGACAUAUGACAUGGUGAUGUCGACCGAGCCAAAUAAAAAUUUAGAAGUUAAAAAACCUGUGACGGGCAAGGUGACGAACAUACGUGAAGAUUUAAACCAGCAUCCUCAGUUUUAUGACAAGGACAGCCUAUACUUUGAAAUCGUGCCGGGGAAAAAAGGCGGCGUCUUUAACCUGACAAAGGGCGCCAAGAUUGAAAUCCCAGACUCUUGUCUUGGUGUCAAGGACGUUAUCAAGUUCACGGUACUCGCCCCCCACGAACGCUGGAAGAUUGAUCUACCCGAGCUACCCCUAGCUGACGCCAUCAUCAGCGAAAUUUUCGCCCUUAAAGCCAGCAGCUAUGGAGCGAAGAACGGCAUCUUCCUGUAUCUGCCGUACAAACAAGUCAACGUGGACUAUUAUAAAGUUGGCGUCAAAGUGAGGAUUAAGGACAAGUGGUUGGACUAUGACACGGAGAUAGAGGAAGUCGAUUCCGUCAUGUAUGCUGUGGUUGAAGUCAACCGUGACAUGACGCUUGUUGUGACGUCACAACUCCUGAAGGAAGAGUUCGGGGUUGCGAUCAACGGCCGACUGUACUCGUCUGACUAUUACAAAAACUUGACCGCCCGCUUCCCAAAGAAAACAAUCGACAAGGAGAUACUGUGUACACUACAGUGUUUCCCCAUCAGCCCCGAGAAUCUGAAGAUUGCCAAGACCUUCAACUUCUCAGACACCAUGGACCUGGUGGCCGUCUCAGAGUUGAUCGACUUCAGCUUAGCCGUGGACGCCAACUUUAAGCGCUUCCUCACCAUCCAGCUCCCUCUACCCAAGGGCGUUCGGCUAGAGGUGGAGGGCGGAGGCAAGGCUGCGACCAGCGAGGGACAGCCACACAUUGCUGUCUACUACAAGAACAACCACGGCUGGAACUUGCUGGAGGUCUCAUACAAGUUCACCGGCUCUAGCGUCAUAUUCGAUACCAAGGCGCUCACCAGGUACUGUGUGGUCCACGUGGUGCCCGGCCGUCAGAAACGUGCCCGUGGGGCCAUGGCUACACUCGAGGAGGUGUUAGGCCUCCAGAGGGUAGCCUUUCGUCUCUUCCUCUCCGUCACACAGCGCUCCUGGCUCGCCAUCUUGGAGGCCAUACCAAAAUCUCUGGUCAAAACACGAGCUCAUGAGAGGAAAGAAGCAGGCUUUCUGGAAUUUACCCCACCCGAUGUGGCGGUGAAUACAAAACAGGCCAAGUCAGCCAAUAAAACCAACCACCACAUCGUCUCUGAAGGUAUGCUAUGGGAGAUUUCUCUGGAAAAUGAUCUCCAAUUCACCAGCAAAUCUGACGUCAGAAAUAACAACUCAUUUCGCUACUUCUCCUGUCUGGAUGAGUGCUAUAGGAUAUUUUUCCUGGAGCCACUGUCCCAGCAUAUGACCGCCAUCGAAGCGGCUCUGACUCUAACCCCGACUAAUGUGGAGCUGGACGACAAGGUGAUGGAGAGGCUGAUGGUCGUCAUCAACGUAACGCUGGACGCUGAGCUGGCGGUCACAUACUACACACCUGAUCCAGCGGAGCAAAGACCGCAAGCAUCCUCCAAAAGAGCUUCCAGAUUAUCGCAGAAAUCUGGCAACCAGCAGCUGCAAAAACAUCGAUUCGCAUCAAUGGCACCAAACAUGGUACUCAAGAAACUUCUAGAAACCAGGAGGCCAUACCGCAGUGCCACCGAAACUUCCGUAGACCCCAGUAAAAAAAACUACCCAACUGGCCAAAACAAAUUCGACUGGAGAUAUUCGGCACCAGGCAGCAACAACUACAGAAACUACUAUAAAGAUAGUCAAGCGGGUCAAAUAGAUGAUCAGACAUUACAACAUCUGAUAGACGCCGUGAGAUUGAGAGCAGGAUCCAGCGGGCUAAGAGACCUCUACACUCAAAUACAAGCGGGUCAAAUAGAUGACCAAACAUUACAACAUCUGAUGGACGCCCAGAGAUGGAGAGCAGGAGCCCAUGCGGGCCCCAUGGAAACUUUCAUAGACCCCAGUAAAACAGAGCCCCCCGGUGGUCCAACUACGAGUGACCGGAGAUAUACGACGGGCAACACAGAGUACAAGAGCUACUUCAAAGCACUUCAAGAGCGCAGCAGAAAUUACAGCGAAUCUGUACCAAUCAAUUCAAGUUUCUUUGAAGCCGGCGGAUCCAGAAUGGGCCCCAUGGAAACUUCCGUAGACUCCAGUAAAACUGACGGUGGUCCAACUACGAGUGACCGGAGAUAUACGACGGACAGCACUGAGUACAAGAGCUACUUCAAAGCACUUCAAGCGGGUGCCGUCAUUCCCGAAGGUCAAUACAAUUUUAGAGACCUGUCUCCGGAUGCUAGAGUUCAGCAGAAUUACCCUGGCGCUCACUUUCAGGAAGUGGAAUUUUCAAGACCUAACAGUGGCGCAGCGUCCGAGCCCCGAUCAAUUCCCAGCGACAAGUCGAUAAAGAAGUUUUACGUCCCCCACUUGACCUUCCCCGACCGUCACUUUCAGAAUGAAGACAAGAGAAAGCAAACCUUAAGUGAACCCCCACCCUUCGAUGAGGACCAAGAAGAUGUUAUCGAAGCGUUUAAGUACUUCCGCACUUUAUCCAUAAAGAACCCAGACGCGAUGAAAAUUACGGACUUCACUACGUACAAGGACGCCGAACGUGACGUGCUGGAGGCGUUCGAAAAAUUCCACACUCUCGCCAUGGACAGUUCAGAGGAAUCAGGCGAAGAUGCCUUUCAAGAGUUUCGCACGUUUUUACAUCUUCUAUAUGAGUCUCCAGAAGCUCUCCAAGCUAUUGACUUCGAUCUACUCACGUUGAUCGACGAGGAAGAUGAUGAUGAAAAUGAAGGAAAUGUGGAUGACGAUCGCAAUGUCAAAGUUCAAAAGCAGCUUAUUGUACCGAUAUAUGAACGACAGAAAGUAACAUCUGCCCAGCUAAGAGCUGACAGAGAGUCCCGUGCCAUCUCCGGCAAGUCCCUAAUGACGCUGUCCAGGGUUGUCAAUGAUGGUCUGACGUUGGCCGUCCACCUCAAGAUCCCUGAGUCCUCCAUCACCGGCAUCGGGUUUGAUGGCCUCAGCAACAACCUCAGCAUGUCUGACGUCACAUACAAAAUUUUAAUUUACUGGAAGAGAAAAUGCAAAGACAAGCAGCUGGGAGCGGUGACCCAAAUCACUGAAGCGUUACGGAUCAUGAACUACAAUCAGCUGGCAGACAUAUUUUUCCAGUGCUACGAACAGAAUGUUGAGCUCACGAUAAACGCAGUCAAACAUCUGCUCUUCCCAGCAGAGUAAAUAAAAAGAUAAUUGUGAAAAACAGGGACUUUUGACUGGCUACGUUGGGUAAUCGGAGAAAAAAAUGUUUCUCAACCGUGCUCAAGAGAAAAAGUAGUCCGUAUCCAGGAUAGUUCGGCGCUUGAAUCAAUGUAUGUUGGAAUCAGAGGAAUAAAACAUAAACAAU